AUGGCUUCAUUCAUCAGAAAUUUGGUGUUUCUUUUGGUUUUCCUGCAUUCUUCAAAAAGUCAUGCAGAAGAUCAAAUUCUUGGAUCAAACAAUAACCGUGAUUUACUUGUUCAAUGUUCAUACAAGUUCGUUAAGAAAUACUUCUUCUCAGGUGAAGCUUUAUCAGGAUCAGUUCUAGCUGUCAGUCUAACAUCAGCUUCGUUAAAUCUUCAAAAUCAAAUGUUACAAGCAUUUCAAUUGGAUAAAGAUAUCUCUUGGUCCAUAGUUAUCAGAUAUCCACGAAAUUCUGCAACAAAACAAACUCAAUUCGUUCUCCACGAAAAACCUCAGUCAUAUUUUGUCGUCCUCGAAAAUCUAGAUGACGAAGAUAUGAUUGACAUCUUCGAAGACUGGAAAUCUAUGCCAAAUUGGAAUCCUUUGGCACAGUUUGUUGUAAUGCUAGUUAGCAUUGAAGAAACCGAAGAUGAAAUGACUGAGUUAAUGGUCGAUACCAUGUUGAUGUUUAUGACUAAGAAAAUCUUCAAUAUUAACAUUAUUGCUCAGACUGAAGAAGAUGGACAUAUUUAUUCGAAAACAGCUUUUCCCUAUGAACCUGAGAAUAAUUGUGGAAAACGAAUUAUUGCAUUUAAAACUUUGGACAUCUGUCAAUAUGAAGAUGAUGAUGUUGAUUUGGGAUUGAUUAAAUCAGAACAACUAAGUCGGGGAUUGUUUUUGGAUAAAAUUCCUAAGGAUUUAAGUGGAUGUCCUUUGGUGGCAUAUUCCAGAUCCUGGGAGCCUUAUAUGUUUGUCGAAGAUGGUCAAAUAAAAGGAAUCGAAUGGAUGUUAGUGCAGACUAUUGCCGAAAGUUUACAUAUCGAUAUAAAUAUUUUGAUACAAAACAAGACUUUGUAUCAUAUUUUUCAAGGCUUAAUCGAUGGUAAAAUCGAUAUUGUUAUCGGUGGAAUUGAUGAAGACCCAAAUAUGAGCCAAUUCGUCUCAGCAAGUGUUCCAUACUUACAAGAUGACUUAACCUGGUGUGUGUCCAAAGCAAGGAAGACCCUUCAUUGGUUAAAUUUCGUUCAAGUUUUCAGUCCAGAAACUUAUGCCACAUACUUUAGUUUCAUCAUUUGUAAUGCCAUUGCAAUCUAUGUGAUUCAAAAAAGUCCUACAAUUCGAACAAAACUGUGCAAUAGCUUUUUUGGUCUACUUUUUAUUUUGAUCGGAAUUGCUUUAAGUCAAGGACCUCCAGCAGUUUAUCUUAAAUUAAGUCUACGUAUUUGCAUUAUGAUGGCACUUGCAGCUAGUGUUAUCCUAGGAAGUACUUAUAAUUCUUUCCUUGUAAGUUCCCUCACAAGUCCAAAUACAUUGCCACAAAUUAAGAAGACGACUCAAAUUGUAGACCAUAAAAUGUCGGUUGCUGGAAGUGUGGAAAUCAUACGGCACUUGGAUAAAGAUGGAAGUAUUUUCAAAUACAUUCGUCAUCAAUUCCAUAUGUGCUACGACAUAGAACAAUGUUUGCAGAAAGCUGCAAAGGAUGAAACUUUCGCAGUUGCAAUUUCUCGUCAAUAUUCUAUUCAUAAUCCCCGAAUACCAAGAGAUAAUCUUUAUUGCUUCGGUCGUGACGAACAUAUUUAUACUUACUUGGUGACCAUGCUGAUGCCGAAAAAGUUCCAUCUUUUUCAUCAAAUAAAUCCAAUAAUUCAAUACAUCAUUGAAUCAGGUCACUUGCUAAAGUGGACCAGAGAUUUGGAGCAGCAAAGAAUGUUAAAAGCUCAACGUAUUUUGGAUGAUAAUCAAAUCAUGAAACUAGAAGUUAGUCAAAUUUUGGGAAUACUUGCAUGUACUUUGAUAUUUUUAGGAAUUUCUUUGAUAGUAUUUGGUUUGGAGAAAUUAGUGUAUCGAAUGGUUAAACGUGGUACCAGAGUUAUAAUUGUUAAGGAGUUACACAAACAUUUUUCAAAAGCACUUUAAUGUUUUCAGUAAUAAAAAUUAAAAUACCCUUUUUUGCUGAACAUCUAACAUUUAAAUCAAUUUUUUACUUUUAAUGUUACUACACGAAAUCGAUGGUCCUUAACAGUUUUUUUUAAGUAAUAAAUUAGUAAAAUAAUAAAUUUUAAUAAUUGAUUUUAAA